GUGAGAGAGUGAGACUAGUAUUGCAGCGCCGUCUCCGAUUUGUUAAUCAGUAGCAGCCGAAAAAUGGCACUGAGCCAAGCCUCAAUCGCGUCGUCUUCCUCCGCCUUCUUCGCUCACGGCGCCGCCUUCGAUUUCAAGUCCAGGACGACCUCCAGAGCUCACACCGUCGCUCUUCCCGCCAAAACCGCCGCCGGCGUCUGUAAAUGCGUCGCCGCUCCCCAGGCUGAGAAGGCCGAGUUCAAGACUCAGGUGAAUCGCAAUGCCAACAUGGCGAAGCUUCAGGCCGGUUAUCUUUUUCCAGAGAUUGCUAGGAGGAGGAAUGCGCAUUUGCAGAAACAUCCCGAUGCGAAAAUUAUUCCACUUGGAAUUGGUGACACUACCGAGCCCAUUCCGGAGUAUAUAACCUCGGCGAUGGCAAAGAGAGCACUUGCCAUGUCCACCCUAGAGGGUUAUAGUGGCUAUGGACCUGAACAAGGUGAAAAGCCACUGAGAGUUGCAAUUGCUAAGACGUUUUAUGAUAACCUUGGCAUAGAGGAAGAUGACAUAUUUGUUUCUGAUGGUGCAAAAUGUGACAUAUCCCGCCUUCAGGUUCUAUUUGGAGAAGAUAAGACAAUAGCAGUGCAAGAUCCAUCCUACCCGGCUUAUGUCGACUCAAGUGUUAUUAUGGGCCAGACAGGGCAGUAUCAGAAAUCUGUUGAGAAGUUUGGAAACAUCGAGUACAUGAGGUGUACUCCCGAUAAUGGAUUCUUUCCUGAUCUCUCCUCUACUAAUCGAACAGACGUCAUAUUUUUCUGUUCACCAAACAAUCCUACUGGUUCUGCUGCAACAAGGGAGCAACUGACACAGCUUGUAAAGUUUGCCAAGGAUAACGGUUCAAUCAUAGUCUAUGAUUCUGCAUAUGCGAUGUAUAUGUCAGAUGAUAAUCCACGCUCCAUCUUUGAAAUCCCUGGAGCUAAAGAGGUUGCAAUCGAGACAUCAUCAUUCAGUAAAUAUGCUGGAUUCACCGGAGUUCGUUUGGGGUGGACUGUGGUUCCGAAGCAGUUGCAGUAUUCAGAUGGUUUUCAAGUUGCCAAGGAUUUCAACCGCAUUGUUUGUACUUGCUUCAAUGGUGCAUCCACUAUUGUCCAAGCUGGUGGUCUGGCUUGCCUUGAACCAGAGGGUCUUAAGGCUAUGCACGGGGUGAUAAAUUUCUACAAAGAAAAUACUAAGAUCAUAAUGGAGACGUUUAACUCUCUUGGCUUUAAUGUUUAUGGAGGGACGAAUGCACCAUAUGUGUGGGUCCACUUCCCUGGGCAAAGCUCCUGGGAUGUGUUUGCUGAGAUCCUCGAGAAGACUCAUGUCGUAACCACACCUGGAAGUGGCUUUGGACCUGGUGGUGAAGGUUUCAUCAGGGUUAGCGCCUUUGGACACAGAGAGAACAUAUUGGAAGCAUGUAGAAGAUUCAAGCAAUUAUACAAGUGAGGACAUCGAGUCUGACUUGUUGACCGGCAUCUGCUGCGUGCUAGUUGAACAGUUUGCCUCCAUUUGAGUUCUAUGCCAAACACUUAAGCUAGUUCCAAUUCCGUAUUUAGUUUUCUGGCUUCAGUUUUGAAUUGUAGAAAUUUUAUCUUUUGUAAAAUUGAUUUGAUCACCCAUGUUUCGAUGUUACACUUUAAUGCUGUAACGUCUGCAAGGAUCAGAAGCUUGAUUCUGUUUGCUAGAAAAGUAUAAUUUACCUAAAUAAAGCCGUUGAUAUUUGUUUGG